UUUUCCAGCUUACUGUUAGCUGGUCUGCAGGGACGAGGUUUUCAACUCAUCUCCAGCUUGACUUCUCAGUGACCUUGCAGCCUAAGCAUGCAGUGUCUUCAGCAGUAAGGUCUUAGCAUCUGUUCCUGGUGUGAAGCCAAGAACCCUGGCAAUGUUUUGGGGGCAUCAGGGACCUCCCUGGCUGACAACUCACUGGAAGAUUAUCUGCAGUGAUGAGAUGAAGUAACUCAAGAUGAGCAAGUUAAAAGUGAUACCAGAGAAAAGCCUUGCCAAUAAUUCUCGCAUUGUGGGACUUCUGGCUCAGUUAGAGAAGAUCAAUACUGACUCUACGGAAUCAGAUAAUGCCAGAUAUGUUACAUCAAAAAUUCUUCAUUUGGCUCAGAGUCAAGAAAAAACAAGGAGAGAAAUGACAACCAAAGGUUCUACAGGGGUGGAAAUCCUACUGUUAACAUUAGAGAACACAAAAGAUCUUCAAACUACACUGAAUAUCUUAAGCAUUCUUACUGAGCUGGUGUCUACUGGUGGAGGCCGAAGAGCAAGCUUCUUAGUAGCUAAAGGAGGUUCACAGAUACUUUUACAACUACUUAUGAAUGCCAGCAAAGACUCUCCCCCACAUGAGGAGGUGAUGGUACAGGCUCAUUCUAUUCUUGCGAAGAUUGGACCAAAAGAUAAAAAAUUUGGAGUGAAAGCUAGAAUUAACGGGGCUCUGAACAUAACUCUGAAUUUGGUGAAACAACACUUGCAGAACCAUCGCUUAGUUUUACCUUGUCUUCAGCUUUUACGAGUAUACUCUGCUAACUCUGUGAAUUCAGUAUCUUUAGGAAAAAAUGGGAUUGUGGAACUGAUGUUUAAAAUCAUUGGACCAUUUAGUAAGAAGAAUUCGGGUCUUAUGAAGGUUGCUUUAGACACUCUUGCUGCAUUGCUAAAAUCAAAAACAAAUGCCAGGAGAGCAGUAGACAGAGGAUAUGUUCAAGUGCUUUUAACAAUUUAUGUAGAUUGGCAUCGUCAUGAUAGUCGGCAUAGAAACGUUCUUAUUCGGAAAGGAAUUUUACAGAGCUUGAAAAGUGUUACAAACAUCAAGUUGGGAAGAAAAGCAUUUAUUGAUGCUAAUGGGAUGAAAAUUUUAUAUAACACUUCACAAGAAUGUUUGGCAGCCAGGACACUUGAUUCUCUUGUCAACACCUCCAGUCUGAUAAUGAGGAAGUGUUUCCCCAAAAACCGCUUGCCGCUUCCAACCAUUAAAAGUUCUUUCCAUUUUCAGUUGCCAGUCAUUCCCAUGACUGGACCUGUGGCCCAGCUGUACAGCUUACCUCCUGAAGAGAAUCUCCACCGGACUUUUGUGGAUGACGUAGUAGAUGAAAGUGAUGACAACGAUGAUAUUGAUUUAGAAGCUGAAAAUGAAAUAGAAAAUGAGGAUGAUCUAGAUAAAAAUUUUAAGAAUGAUGAUAUUGAAACAGAUAUUAACAAAUUAAAACCCCUGCAAGUACCGGGUCGAUCGAUAGAAGAUCUGAAAAUGUAUGAGCACCUCUUUCCUGAGCUUGUUGAUGAUUUUCAGGGCUGUGACUUAAUCUCCAAAGAACCAAAGCCUUUUGUGUUUGAAGGAAAAGUAAGAGGCCCUAUUGUUGUUCCCACAGCUGGAGAGGAAGCUUCUGGAAAUUCCGGUAGUUUAAGGAAAGGAGUUGUAACAAAAGAGAAAAUGUCUUUUAGAAGAGAUGAAAGUAUUAAGAAACCUGCCUUUAUGAACCUACCAAAAGAAGACAUUAAGGGUAAUGACAGGACAUUAUCACAGCAGUUAGAUGGUCAGAAUAGAACUGUUUCUUCAGCCCAUGGCUUAAACAAUGAUAUUGUGAAAGCCUUGGACAGAAUCACAUUGCAGAAUAUUCCUUCUCAGAUUGGCCAGGGCUUGACUACAGGAGUGAGGAAGGACUACAGUCUUCCUCUUACUGUUCUCAUGUGCACUAAGUCAUGUCCACACAACUCAACUUGUGGAAAUACUCUGUUUGAGGGACGGACUGUUCAGCUAGGGAAACUGUGUUGUACUGGCGUUGAGACAGAAGAUGAAGAUUCUGAAUCUAACUCAUCAGUGGAGCAUGCAUCUGUUGAAAUACCUGAUGCACCAACACUCCAUGACCCAGACCUCUAUAUAGAGAUUGUGAAGAAUACAAAGUCUGUUCCAGAAUACUCAGAAGUGGCCUAUCCUGAUUACUUUGGUCAUAUCCCACCUCCAUUCAAAGAACCUAUUCUAGAAAGGCCUUAUGGUGUGCAAAGGACAAAAAUUGCUCAAGAUAUUGAGAGGCUCAUACAUCAGAGUGAUAUCAUAGAUCGAGUGGUAUAUGACUUAGAUAACCCAAAUUACAUCAUUCCUGAAGAAGGAGAUAUUUUGAAGUUUAACUCAAAAUUUGAAUCUGGAAAUCUGCGCAAAGUAAUUCAGAUUAGAAAAAAUGAAUAUGAUCUUAUUCUGAACUCGGACAUAAACAGCAAUCAUUACCACCAGUGGUUUUACUUUGAAGUCAGUGGAAUGCGACCUGGUGUUGCUUAUAGGUUUAACAUCAUUAACUGUGAGAAAUCCAACAGCCAGUUUAAUUAUGGUAUGCAACCACUUAUGUAUUCAGUCCAGGAAGCAUUAAAUGCUCGACCAUGGUGGAUUCGUAUGGGGACUGACAUUUGUUACUAUAAAAAUCACUUUUCAAGAAGUUCAGUUGCUGCAGGUGGGCAAAAGGGAAAAUCUUACUAUACAAUUACAUUCACCGUCAAUUUUCCACAUAAAGAUGAUGUUUGCUAUUUUGCCUAUCACUAUCCAUAUACAUACUCAGCUUUACAGAUGCACCUUCAGAAAUUGGAGUCAGCUCACAAUCCUCAGCAAAUCUAUUUCCGAAAAGAUGUGUUAUGUGAGACCCUCUCUGGAAACAGCUGUCCCUUGGUGACUAUAACAGCCAUGCCAGAGUCUCAUUAUUACGAACAUAUCUGUCAAUUCAGAAAUCGUCCUUAUAUUUUCUUAUCUGCUCGGGUCCAUCCUGGAGAAACUAAUGCAAGUUGGGUUAUGAAAGGAACUUUGGAGUAUCUCAUGAGUAAUAACCCUGCUGCCCAAUGCUUGCGAGAAUCCUAUAUUUUUAAAAUUAUUCCUAUGCUAAAUCCUGAUGGUGUCAUCAAUGGAAAUCACCGCUGUUCUUUAAGUGGCGAGGAUUUAAAUAGACAGUGGCAAAGUCCAAAUCCAGAUUUACAUCCCACAAUUUACCAUACAAAGGGACUCCUACAGUACCUGGCUGCAGUGAAGCGCUUACCUCUGGUUUAUUGUGACUAUCAUGGCCAUUCCCGAAAGAAGAAUGUAUUCAUGUAUGGCUGCAGUAUCAAAGAGACAGUGUGGCACACCAGUGAUAAUGCAGCUUCAUGUGAUGUUGUGGAAGACGUGGGAUACAGGACUUUGCCUAAGAUACUGAGUCACAUUGCCCCAGCAUUUUGCAUGAGCAGCUGUAGCUUUGUGGUGGAAAAGUCUAAAGAAUCCACAGCACGUGUUGUAGUUUGGCGGGAAAUAGGAGUUCAGAGAAGCUACACCAUGGAGAGUACUUUAUGUGGCUGUGAUCAGGGGAAAUACAAGGGUUUACAGAUUGGUACUCGAGAAUUGGAAGAGAUGGGAGCAAAAUUUUGUAUUGGUUUAUUGCGUUUGAAAAGACUGACUUCUUCAAUGGAAUAUAAUCUGCCUUCCAGCCUUCUUGACUUUGACAAUGACUUAAUUGAUUCAAGCUGUAAAGUAACUAGCCCUACCACUUACGUUUUAGAUGAAGAUGAACCUCGAUUCCUUGAAGAAGUUGAUUACAGUGCAGAAAGUAAUGACGAGAUAGACAUUGAAUUACCUGAAAAUGCUGACUAUGAAAAUUCUGCUCCAGAAGAAGUGCUUUCUGACUCAGAGUCAUCAAGAACAUACCCACCUUGAUCCUUCCACUAUCUCCUAUUCAGUGCCAAGAAGAAAAGAAAUACCUUGGUUUUUAUUACACAGGAUAGUUGAGGGAAAUGAGUUUAUAGGCAUCUGACCCAAAACAGACAAGUAACUUGUACCUACUUAGCAUCAAGACAGUAAAUGUUAAUUCAUGAUAAAAUUGGCAUUAGUUUUAUUUUAGAUAUUCAGUGUACCUUAGAUAGCAUUGAAUUAUCGAAUAACGGAUUUACUUUAAAAAGAAAAUGUGAAAUUGCAUGAAUUUUAUCUCCUAUGGCAUCUGCAGCAAAUUGAUAAUUGUGAAGUGUGUCAGGGUAUGAAAUGUAAAUCGUAGAUUUGUGGAAAACUAAGAUGUGUUCAUAGGUUUCUGUGGAUAUGUUUAUGUAGAGGUGGGUAGAUGCUGAAGAAAAGGAUGUUCAUCAGAAUCAUGUAACUGUUGGAUUGUGACUAAAAUAAUCUAGACUUUGCCUUGAAACUAUCCCAGUAAACAUUUACCAAGUUAAACAAAUAAAAGCUAUAUUAAACAUUGAA